AUGCCGUCUUGGACCUCCACAAGGUACUUUGACACAGAUGACCUUCCGGCCGUGGGCCUGCGCUCAUCGGCUGGGUGGCAGUUGGUGGUGGUUCAUGCUCCUGCCAUGUUUCUGCUUGUGUUUGUGGGAACCAGACAUCUGGACACCGGGUGUCCCGCCAGCAUUUCCCAAGCCGGGGGCGGAGCCCUCUGCAGGAUAAGUGAGCACCGGCGCCCGCGGCUGCACCACGCACGGCACUCAGCUCUCCGAGAGUUGAGGGCAGAAGGGAUGUCAGUCCUCCUGGCGCUGGGGCUCCUGGCGGCUGGGCUCGGCCCCACUGCCCACGGCCUCCCAGGGGACACGCCGGACCAGAAGGUGACCCCGGGCAACGAGACGCCGGUGGACAGCCUCCGACUGGCCUCCAGCAACGCCGACUUUGCCUUCAGCCUCUACAGGCAGUUGGCUCGGAAGAACCCCGAUAAGAAUGUGCUCUUCUCCCCGAAGAGCAUCUCCACCGCGUUAGCCUUCCUGUCCCUGGGGGCCCGCGGCCGCACCCUGAUGGAAAUCCACAAGGGCCUCAAGGUCAACCUCACGGAGACCUCGGGGACGGAAAUCCACCAGGGCUUCCAGCGCCUCCUGCGCGCCCUGGGCCGGCCCCGCGGCCAGCUGCGGCUGAGCGUGGGCAACGCCAUGUUCGUCAGCGAGCAGCUGAAGGUGCUGGACGGGUUCAGGGCCGACGCCGAGGCGCUGUACGCCUCCGAGGCGCUCUCCACCGACUUCCGGGACGCCCCCGCGGCCCAGCGGCUCAUCAACGACUACGUGAGGGAGAAGACCCAGGGGAAACUGGUGGACCUGGUGGGCGACCUGGACGCAGGGACGGCCAUGGUCCUGGUCAACUACAUCUUCUUCAAAG